ACGUCUGUUACUAUUUAUAUAUUUCAUUAAAUAUUAUUUUAUUUUUUCCUUUACCCUACAUCACGUUUUUGUGUGUGUGUGUGUGUGUGUGUGUGUGUGUACAGUCUAUGCUUGCUACCUAUGUAGCGAAAUCAAUAGACUAUAUGAGCGAAAUAAGGAAGAGCGGAACCAUUGUUGGCUGAUCUUUGUCAUCCACUCGGGCUCCUAACAGCGUUGCACAGGUUGUCAUAUGGCUGGAUGGAAGGGCAAGGAGAACGCAAUGGUGUUGUUCGUUUGAACAGUGUGUAAUUUUUGUACGAUGGAAACCAGCGGCGAGUCCCAACAGGAGCUGUCCCUGGACUCCCCCCAGGGCAGCGGCGACGGCGGGGCGGGCAAGAGCAGCAGCCGCCGCCUCGGUCUCGUCGUCACGGGGUUGUUGGGAGGGUCGCUGGUCGCCCUGUACGCGGUGGCCGCACCGUUCGUCUUGCCCGCCCUGCGGAAGGUCUGCCUCCCGUUCGUCCCGGCGACCACGGCUCAGGUGGAGAACGUCCUCGGGGUGCUCCGGGCCCGAUCGGGCACUCUGGUGGACAUAGGGAGCGGAGACGGGAGGAUAGUGAUCGCAGCGGCCAAACGUGGGUUUCAGGCAUCGGGUUUUGAGCUGAACCCCUGGCUGGUGUGGUAUUCUCGCUACAAGGCCUGGAGAGAGGGAGUCCACUGCUCCAGCUCCUUCCACAUCUCCGACUUGUGGAAGGUCAGUUUUGCUCAGUACUCCAAUGUUGUCAUAUUUGGAGUCCCUCAAAUGAUGGACCAGCUGGAGCUGAAGCUGGCAAGCGAGUUGCCGAGUUCAGCCAAGGUGGUGGCUUGCCGCUUCCCCUUCCCGACCUGGGUCCCUGAGAACACUGCUGGGGAGGGCAUAGACACUGUAUGGGUGUACGAUGCCAGGACAUUUAAAUCACAACUGCAACAAGGGAUGACAAGAAAGACAAUGCCAGAACAAGAGGACACAUGAGAUUUACACUCAUAACUCCAAACACUUAGAUUUUCUGUUAAGUUGUCAUUCAAAUUUUUUAUAAUUUGAUUAACUGCUUUUCUGUUCUGUUUUUUCAAUCCAUGCAAUUUUUCUGCGCUGGUUUGGACCUGCCAUGGCUUUGAAAGACUGAAGAGUUUCUCUAUAAAAAACUGAAAUAAAGUCUAAUUUAGAAAAAAAUUAAAUGUAUGAAACUUGCAAACCUUGCAUAAAGUGGUCUGAAAUUAAAACAUGCAUUUCAUAUUUGAGGUGCACAACACCACAACAGCCAUGAUGAUAUGAGAAAGUUCAUGAUUGGAAAAAGGGGCACUGGCCAUGGAUGAUUGCAUUGCAUUACUUGAUUAUGUCAUGGAAGUUGCAUUGCAAGUUGCAUUGUUUAUCUCAUCUGCAAAGUAGGUUAUGUUUCUAUCUGUGUUUGUUAGUUAAUUCAAUUCAAUUAAAUGCUGUGUAGCACCAAAUCCCAACAUAUAUAAUCUCUAGGCACUUUACGUACUGAGUUUGUGAACUUACAAUAUUACAGAGAAAACCCAAUAGUUCCCACAAUGAGCAGCACAUGGCGACUGUGGAGAAAAAAAACUGCCUUUAACAGGAAGAAAUCUCUCGCAGAACCGGACUCAGUUGUGGACGGAACAUCUGCCUCAACCGGUUGGCUUGAGAGGAGAGUUAGGGGAAAAAAGGAGCAAAGAGAAAUGUUUCUUUGAUACGGUGAGAUGGGGCGUUGGCCUCAGCGAAGCCUUGCACUCUCUGAGCACCCUUAUAGUAGCCUAAUAUCUUAUUCUCAGGAAGUUGAGUGCCAUUUUAAAUUAAUUUGUUUUGGCUGCUGUAGGUGGUGCAUUAGUCCAAAUUAUAACUAGAUUAUUAAUAUUAUAUAUAGCAGAAGUGCUUCAACCAGAUGUGGAGCUGACACUGCUAAAUUUCGCCUUUGGCACAUUUAAAAAACAAUUUCAUGUGAGAAAUAUACACCUGUAGCCAGCAGGCUUUUAUUUGAGCGUUCUGUAAAAGGAAUGGAAACGGUUUGAAACAGCUAUAUGUGCAGAAAUAUGUCAUUAGAAACUGAAUUGCAAUUAAGUCUAUAACUUUGAAACAA